UUACUGACAGAAUUCCUGCAAGCCUCAUUACUGACAAUACAUCACUACUUAGAUCCUCUCUGGCAUCAGCUUGGAGCUAAGACAAAAUCUUUGGUCCAGGAUUUGAAAAUACAGCAUACUUUGCUGCAGUAUCUAACUCAGUAUGAUUGUGUCACUUUCCUCAAUCUUCUGGAGUCACUGAAAGCAAGUGAAAAAGCUUUUGGUGAGAAUUCAGGUUGGCUGUUUCUUGACUCCAGUACUUCAAUGUUUGUAAAUGCUUGGGCAAGUGUUUAUCGUGUUGCAGAUGAGAAACUGAAUCAGAAAGGCAAAGUCUCUGGAAACAGUGAUAUAAAGAAGGAAAAUGAACUGAAAAGGGAAUUGGUUCUAGAAAGUAACCUAAAAUGGGAAGCUUUGAGAGAAGUAUGGAAUGAGAUUGAAAUUGAGAAGAAGAACAGUGAAGACUUUGGUGAUCCAGGGCAAGUGCUUAUUUGUGCCAGCUCAGGGAGCAUAUUACUGAUGGAGCAGAAGCCUUUUUACCAAAACUGUGUAAUAAAACCUUUGGAAAGGAUGAGAAAGCUGGAGAAGUGUGGAUUAAGGACAGAAAAGCUGUCAAGUCCAAAGGAAAUGCCAGACCAGACACAGGGCCUCAAGCCAAAAAAGCCGAACUAGCAACUUCUUCAAAACAGAACAAACACAGGAAGCAGCAAGACUGGACUAUAAUCCAAAUGAUAGGGAAAACUGAGGAAGAAAACAAAGAGGAGUUGGAUGUGGAAGAUAAAUAACAAAGAGUUAAACAGUAGCCAAGAAGGCAGUAUCGAUGAGACCAUUCCCGAAGAUUUUACCUGUGAACUUACCUUCAGAUUCUUAGUAUGAUAUUUUCAACAACCAAGUUACAAUUAUUCAUCCGUUGCAGGGUUGAAGUGAUCCCUGUUGUCUGACCAGGGUACUGCAUGAAGUAGAACCAAGAUACGUUGUGUUGUAUGAUGCAGAGCUAAUUUUUGUUUGGCAGCUGGAAAUCUACAAGGCAAGCAGACCUGGAAAGCCUCUGAGGCAAGUGAACCUGGUGAUAAUCAAGACUGUUCUUUGUCUAAUUUUAGUCUUAAAAGAAAUGAAAUAUCAAUUGUGCACUUCUGGCAGUCAAGGCACAAAAUGCAAAUAGUGAUUUUAUUAAGCUACAUUUUAAUUCCUGUUUAGCCUUCUUUAUAAUAUUAAACAAACUAUGUUGAAUGUAAUUGCAAGAUAAUUUUUACUUCCCGCUAGGUAUUUAGUCUCUUAAUAACAGAAACACACCUGUAAUAAAAUGUCCAUUCUAUGAAAGGCAGUUUGUUCUAUGUAGAAGAUAAGAUAUCCUCAUGCAAAUAUAUGAUUUGAAGUCUUAUAUAUUUCA